CAUAUAUAUAAAACUUAUAACUAACCAUAUAAUGUAUGUCACCUAUUAUAUAUACGUAGCUUGUUCAACUCAAACCCUAAAACGAAAAAAAACAUCGCGAUAUAUAUAAUAAUGAAACCCCCUCAUCUUCUCGAAAAUCUAAAGGUCAGUAUCAAAGAUGCUUGUCUAGUUUUUCCGCCUCAAAAUGUGAAGAAAAAAUCGAUGUUUUUAUCGAACAUCGACCAAGUGCUCAACUUCCACGUCCAAACACUUCACUUUUUCGCGUCCCAUAAAGAUUAUCCCCCUCGUGUUGUACCCGAGAUACUCAAAUGUGCUAUCGAGAAAUUGCUAUUAUUUCCUUAUGACUUCUUGGCCGGAAGACUGAAGACGAACCAUCUAACUGGUCGUUUAGAGUUGUACUGUAACGGCGCCGGAGCUGGUUUUGUGGUGGCUUCUAGUGAAUGUACACUGGAAGAGAUUGGAGACUUGGUUUAUCCUAAUCCUGCAUUUGAGCAGCUAGUUGCCAAGAGUUUGGAUAUCCUUGACAAGGAUGAUCAACCCCUAUGCAUUAUUCAGGUAACAUCAUUUAAAUGUGGAGGGUUCGCUAUGGGAGUAUCAAACAACCAUGCUACAUUUGAUGGAAUAAGCUUCAAAAUCUUCUUAGAAAACUUAGCGGCUAUGGCUGCCGACAAGCCUUUAGCGGUCAAUCCAUGUAACGACCGCCAGCUCCUGGCGGCUCGGUCACCUCCACGGGUUACUUUUCCCCAUCCAGAGCUUCUCAAGCUCAACCCUACCCUAGGUCAAGAAUCAAGUGCUCCAGUACUCUUUGAUGUCAGCAAAGAAGCCCUCGACUUCGAGUUUUUUCGGCUAACCUCCAAGGACGUUACUAGUCUCAAAGAGAGAGCCAAGACCAAUGCCGGUGCUAGGGUUUCCGGAUUUAAUGCGGUAACGGCUCAUGUUUGGAGGUGCAAGGCCUUAUCGUAUGACGAUGAUCAAAAUCUCGAAAGGGUAUCAACACUUCUUUACGCGGUGAAUAUUAGGUCAAGAUUGAUUCCUCCGUUACCAGAUUCAUAUACCGGAAACGCGGUGUUGACCGCUUAUGCAAGUGCUAAGUGUAGAGAGUUCGAAGAAGCGCCACUUUCGAGAUUGGUGGAGAUGGUUUCUGAAGGUGCGAAUAGAAUGAAUGACGAGUAUGCAAAAUCCGUGAUCGAUUGGGGUGAGAUAAACAAAGGAUUUCCAAAUGGGGAGUUUUUAGUAUCGUCGUGGUGGAAAUUAGGGUUUGAGGAAGUGGAGUAUCCAUGGGGUUGCCCUAAGUAUAGUUGUCCUUUGGUGUAUCAUAGAAAGGACAUCAUCUUAUUUUUUCCAGAUACAAUUGACAAAAAUGGUGUCAAUGUUUUAGUUGCCUUGCCUACUAAGCAAAUGAACAAGUUUCAAACACUCUUCCGCAAGUUUUUAUCAGCUUGAAAUAUCUCAAUUUUUCUUGCAUCUGCACAUAUAAUAAGUGACACUAUAAAUAUGUAUAUGCUUAUACAUUUGUAUUAAUUAUUGUGAUAAUGUGACAAUAAAGAAAGGUUCGAGGUUGGUCAAUUUGGAGAGAAUUUUAUUUAUAUAUUAUGUCAAUGUAAUAAAUAUUUAUUGACUUACAUAUAUUGUGUAUCUUAUUUAUGAA